CCCCCUCAGACUGACUGGACGUCCUGGACCCGCAGACCGACCCGGAUCUGUGAGAAACCCGCACACGGACCCCGAUCCCUCCCGACCCCACUGAAAGCAGCGGACCCGAGGAGGCUUCACCCCGCUUCGCUCACUUCAACUCCGGAUAUUGUUUCACUCUUUCUUUUUUUUUUUUAUAAAAGACAAAAAAAAGCUCUUUUUUUAACUCAACGAGUUCAGUUAGGUUUUUUUUUCCAAGUUUAUAACAAGUUAUAAAGGAUUUGACAAGUGUGCGAAGAGCCCGCAGCUGAUUGACGAACCACAGGUUGCGCAACCGGACACAAUAAGAAGCAGACAAAGACGCACGUCAGGCCGCCGGGAGCCGCGGACCAGACCUUCAGCACGCGCACGGGAACACUUCAAUUUAAUGUCUGCAACUUCUGCCGCGGGGCUGUGAAGACCUCCGGAGACCACCACGACACAGCACAACCCAACACACACCGGCCCCCCGCGAAACCAGCAGUCCGGACCAAGCGGAGCAGUUUGGCGGUGAAGAUGAGCCUGAACGCAGCCUCCGCCCGGUCUCAGCAGUGUCUGAAGAGGUUACUGGACGAGCCGCAGGACAACUUACUCAAAUGCAAGCGAGCCCGCCUGGCCCCGCCUCCUCCCUCCACCGGCCUGUCGCCCUGCCUCAGGCCCGCCAGCCACGCCCCCAAGACCGGCCAGAGCCAGUCCCCCUUCAGAGUCGGGCCGUACGUGCUCCUGGAGCGCUGCGAGCGGGAGAGGACCUACAGGGCCGUGCACGUGCACACAGAGAAGCAGUACACCUGCCAGGUUCUCCCGCUGCGAGGUUACCAGGAGCGCCUGGCGGCGUACGCUCGGGUCGGUAGUCAUGACAACGUCUGCGGGCUGCUGGACGUGGUGAUCGGCCAAGAAAGCCUGUACGUCUUCCUGCCCGGUCACCACGGCGACAUGCACGCGUACGUGCGCGACAGGAAACGCUUGAGCGAGGAGGAGGCGGGGCUUCUGUUCGCGCAGAUGCUGAACGCCAUCCUGCACUGCCACCAACACGGAGUGGUCCUCCGGGACCUGAAGCUCCGCCGCUUCGUCUUCAUGGACAAAUACAGGACCCGCCUGGCGCUGCUCGGCCUGGACGACUGCGUCCUCCUGCAGGGCGACCACGAGGACGACUCUCUGACGGACAGACACGGCUGUCCCGCCUACGUCGGCCCCGAGCUGCUGACCAACGGCGGCGGGCCCUACUCGGGCCGGGCGGCGGACGUCUGGAGCCUGGGCGUGUCUCUGUACACCAUGCUGAUCGGACGGUACCCGUUUCAGGACACGCAGCCCGCCGCGCUGUUCGCCAAGAUCCGCCGCGGCGCCUUCAGCCUGCCCGACUGGCUGUCGCCGCAGGCCAAGUGCCUGAUCGGCUGCAUGCUCAGGAAGGCGCCGGCCGAGAGACUGACGGCGUCCGAGCUGCUGAUGCACCCGUGGCUCGCCAGCCCGUGCGCCCCGCCUCACAGCGUGUACAAGACACAGCACAGCUCGCACGCCAGCGCUCAAGGCAAGCAAGACGACGACCAAGUGGUUCCAACAUGGACUGAAAAGCAUUAAUUUAUACACACACACUUGUGAAAACCAACUGGGUGACAAAAGAUAGAAACUGCCAUCACUCCAGAAACUGAACCAUGUCCUCCAGCAGCUCCAGUUUCCUUCACCAGGAGCCAAUUUCAAUUCACGCCAGUUCAGUUUAUAGAUCGCUGUUAACCAGUCAUGUCAUGGUGCUUCAAAGUUUGGAGGACAUCUGCAAGGACCUGCUGUAGUUUUAGAUCAUGCUUUCAUUUAUAAAGUUAAGGCAAAAAUCCAAAGUGGACCAGUCUGUGAACAACUGUCUGCAAAUAUAUCAUAUGAAGAGUCACUGCAAUUCAAAUAAUUACAACUAGAAAGCUUUCCCUCCAACCACGCACCGAAUUCCAGCUUUUGGUGCAACAAAGACACAUCAGCACAUUAAAAAUCAUGUCUUGGACAUUUUCUCCUGUGUCUGAGUUGCAGAAUGAAACACUAACAGGUUUUAACUUGAAACCUUUUCAUGAUCACCGACGUCAGGACGAGGAAGCAAACCGUACCAAGGCUUAUUUACGCAGCCACUCAGUUGGUUUUCACAGAUAAACUCUCACGAGAACACGAACACUACACACUCACUCUGAUCCUGGAUUACUUGACCCUCACGUGCCUUCAUAUCUCAGGAGCCGUGUCUCAGUUCGAGCCCCGGCUGUGUCAGACGACAUGGCCUCAGCCUCUAACAGGUGGACAUCAGUCCCCAUCUGAGCUGAAGGUGUGUCCGUGUACACAAACUCCUGUAAAGUUUGCUAUAACUCAGAAUUGGCCAUCGAAAACCGUUCCCAUCAGAAGUUUAAAUUUCUGCGUAUCGUUUCUGCUGUGAUCGAUUGACCCUGAACAUUCCCAAUGUAUGGAGUUACCUGAACGCACCAUCUAAAUGCAAACCCGAAUGCUGGAGCGGGAGAGAGGCGGGGCUUGAACUGGGACACAGCUUCUUCCUGUCAGUGUUUACACUUCUGAUUCCUCCCUGUAAUUCCGAGGAUGCGUCAGUGUUUGAAAGUCACCAGCAGACACAGAUCGGCCCGAAGCGACGGGAAACGCAGCUCCGCUGUUUUUUCCUGCUCUGACGCAGCACAGUUACUAAAAAUAUGCUUCUUGUUAUCUUAAGAUCAAUUCCUUUAGAGUUUCAUUUUCAUUUGGCGUGUCAGACCUCAUUAAAGGUUCAUGUGAAAUAACAAGUGGGUUUUGCUGUGAUAUGUGUCGAUGAAUAGUUUUCGUGUGAGAGGACGUCUAAUGUGUGUAUUCUGGGACGCCUCGUUCUCACAGCCUCGUAUCGAGUGGCCGUCGACCAGAAAUAACAGCAACGUCCAUUUCUGAGGGCAAGAAAGCUAUUUCCACCACAUCUCUGCAGCCGGAGAACUUAAUCCGACGAUAAACAGGAUGCACAGUCAGGAAAAUGAAGAAUUGAUCUUUAGAUAACCGGACUGAGGUCGGUUCUUUUGGCCUGAAGGAGCGAUUCCGAUCCAGCGGGAGGGCUUCUGGUGUGCUGUGUGAUUCAGUUACAGCUGGAGAAUAAAGACGUUUUGUAAUAAAUAAAAUGCCUCGCUCAAA